UAUCCAUUUAUGGCUGGUUCGCAAGAAACACCAACAUAUUUUAGUUUAGUGUAUUCUACGGAACCAAGCACAAUUACUCAGUCAUCAGAGAUGAUAUCAAAUCCAAGCAUAAAUUUUACCACUUCAAAAUUAUUAACUUCCCGGCAUGCGACAUUAGAUUGUAACUUAGCAUGGAUCUGA